UCAGUCUAUCUAGUUUGUGGCGAAGCUCAAGCAAGUGUCAUGAAUAGUUUGGUUGGUUGGUUUGAAAACAAAGUCAACGGUGGUGUUUACAAUAACACUAAUUUGCGUUAUAUUUGGAUUGUUUAUCCAAAAACUUUAUUUAGUAAGGUAAAGAUACAAAAAUAUGUCUACAACUGAAGAAGAUACAAUAAUAGCGCCAUGGGUAGGACCUACGUGCUGUAGAAACAGUCUCACCGUUAUAGUUUUAUCAUCAAGUGUUGAUAUUAUAGAAAAAAUAGCCGAUGCCCUUGCUGAAGUUCAUGCUAAAGGGAACUCUAGAUGGAAACUGAUUAUAUUAAGGUCAUUCCAUUUGGAGGAAGUAGUAAAGCAGUCUUAUUUGACUGGUAAAAUAGCAAUUGAUUUUGUGGUACUGGCAAUGGAUACAAGUAGAAUAUUUUGUUUAGAAUGGACUAAGAAAGUGUUCGGUCAAAUUCAUCCCGACUUGCAAACACGUAGGACAAUGCUUGUCAACGCUAGUGGACUACCUGCUAAUGGGAUGGCAGUGAAUGCUGGUGAUUUGAUAAGUUUCCAGAAUGAACUCAGGUUGGAUAUGUUGUCAGCUAAUGUUUACAAGACUGAAGAUGCUGCCUUUCUAGCAAGAAGGCUAAUUAAAUAUAUGGAGGUUUCCCUAGGACUCCAGACUGGAAUUCCCAAUAUAAAUGUAUGAUAGUUACUUUUUGUUUUGUUGUAAUAAAAAUAAUAAAUUUUUC